CAUUACUAUGUUGUAGUUACACAUCUUUCAUUCUUACCUUCACUUCUUUCAUUGAACUUGUCUUCUUUCCUUGAACUUGUCAUUCACUCAAUCAUUUCACUUUUUUCUCUUCCUCAGCACAGAAACACACAUUUAAAUAUAUAUUUUCUCACAAGCUUGGCUUUGUGAUAUGCCCUUUCGAAUCUCGCUUCCAUCCCGCAACAGCGAACGCUCUGCACCACAGCAGCGUGUGAACAACCCUUCCACAGAAGGCUCCAGAGGAUGGGCAAGGCUCUAUCCAUACCUCCGUGCACUUCGUCUCAUCAUUGGUGUCCUUGCCUUGACCAACUUCUUACUCCUCGCCAUUGCCCUUCGCUUUACAGACAAUAAUAACGACAGCGAAGACAUAUCUUCGACGGAUUUCCAACAAAUUGUCAUCAACGGCGGACUCUUUAUCGCUUGUCUCUAUUCUUCUUUUGGAAAAGCAUCCUUGUCAUCCAACUACAGGUUGGUAAUGAUUUUCAUUGUCAUUGCCAUGUCCCUUAUCUACACUAUAUCACUACUGGUCAGGAUUCAGAGACGAGGAGGUUGUGGCUCCAAGUAUUAUUCAGAAGUCGUCACUCGUUGCAUCACACAGUACAUCAUUUCAGGGAUCGAGCUCUUGUGGACAGUGCUGUUGUUUUGUGAUGGUAUCAUCUCCUAUCAUCAAUCAGGAGACUCGGAUUGGCAACUCAGACAGCGCAUGCAAGAAGAGGAGCGCACGUUGGCAUCUGCGGUACGUUACCAGCCAGACUUGUCUCUCUAUGGAAAUGGCAACAACGACAGCAAUAAUAAUAAUAAUAAUAAUAAUGUGAUCAAUAACCGGGACAUUGAAAAUGCAGGUCCUAGCGCAGUGGAAAUGGAACCAUUGCCUGCAUACAAUCCCAGGCCCACAAAAGACCAACCUCGCAUUAUCGACAUGUCCAACAUGUCUGUUUUAGAGGAAGCACCAGAUUAUUAUGCUCCUGGAGCGACGACAAUCCCACCGCCUGUUGAUUUGUUUGCUCCUGAUCUUGGAUUUGGAUCCACAUCUGCUUCUACUUCUACUUUUACUACUUCUCCUUCAUCUGCUAUCGCAGGACCUUCAGCACAGCCCAGGUCAACGAUAUCAGGUUCAGCCGAGACAACGGCAACAAUGCCAGUGUCCAUAACUACAAUCCCAAUCCCAAUGACAACAACAGAACCAGAACUACACCCAGCGCCAGGGUCAGAGAGAGAGUCAGAAAGAGAGUCCGAGAGAGAGAGAGAAACAACAGUUACAACGUCAAUAUCCACAGAACCUGUAGUAUCAUCUGUCAAUCUUUCUUCACAUGUGCCUUAAUUUAUAAAUGUAUUAUGUAUUGUAUAUCCUUA